UUUUCUCUCGUCUUCUCUUGGCUCUCGCGAGCGCACUUGCGUUUCAUCUUCUCAGUUUCCGGGUUCGCCCUUGUCGUCCGUUAUUCAGAAUCAUGCCUUGUCUAUCUCUUCCAUGGCCGGCCCCCGGCAACCAGCUUCAUUUGCAUCUUCUUCUUGCCCAACUCGCCCCCUAACCCUGCUUCGUCAACGUCCAACCUACCCGGCACUUUUGCACACGUGAAGGACUUGCUCUAAUGUUGAUCAUUUCGGAUCUUAGCUUACGCCUUCUGUCCUUACCGUCCUGGGCGCGACCCUCGGCCAUUGUCUGGUAGCCGGCUCCGAUUCUCUCCGUUACGACCUACAAGAGCUCCGGUCGACGCGAUUUUGCAUAACCUCGUCCCCAUGGACUCAUAUGAGAGUUACGGGUCCCCCGGCAGGAGCCGGGAAGCUGGCGAUCCCUAUGCUUCUAGGGUCCCAGUGGACUCAUACCGUCGCAGGUCACCUGUAUCUCAGGAUCGACGCCGAGCACGCGGUCGUUCUCGCUCACCCGUUAUGAUCGACCGCUACGAACCUUCUGAUCGCCGUGCCUCGCGAGACGACUACUAUGCUGCCUCUCGGGAGCAUGCCGGGCGUGACCGCGAGGACCGUCGCCGUGCGCCUUCGCCGAACGUUGCCAACAUCGACCGCUAUGUCCCAGGACAAGAUUCUGUCAAGCGCCCUCUUCCCACCAAUCCGCUUCCGAACCCUUUAACCCUGGAGUUUCAAGUGGGGUUCAAUUGGUUUGCCGAAUGGUGGCGCGCGGAGCAGUCGAUCAAAGAAGAAAAGGAACGCGCCAAGCACGGCGGUCGGCGUCCUUCUGAUCGCGUCAAGGGGGAGCGGGAGGCUCGUGAAGACCGGGAAAGAGAGAGAGCACAGAUCCAGGCGGCUUACGAUUCAUACAAGGUGAACCUUCAGGCGAAGAUGGCACGUGCUUUCGUCCAGCACCAUCGAAACGAGGAGUGGUUCAGAGAGCGCUACGUUCCUGAGGUCAGGGAUCCUCUUCGUCGUCAACUGAUGGAUUUCCGCAUGGGCGCCUAUCAACAAUGGGAGAGAGACCUCGAGAGUGGUCUCUUUGAUGAGUUCACGCUUGAAGGAAUUUACAAGAGUGAAAGUGAUGGGGCAGGCGGUGUCAUUGAGAAGGAAGAGGGCGAAACCACCGCGGUUGGUGAAACCCUGGGUGUUCUGGACUUGCUCCCAGCAAGAGGCGGUGACUUGCGUGACGAAGCUCUGUCUCAGUCUGCCCUCUUGAUCAAGACUCUAGCGCCCAAUGUUAGCCGUGAGAAGAUCGAAGAGUUCUGUAAGGAGCAUUUGGGUGAGGAAGAUGGUGGAUUCAAGUGGCUUAGUCUCAGCGACCCCAAUCCGUCGAAGAAGUACCAUCGGAUGGGAUGGAUCAUGCUCCAUCCUGCGCCGGACGUCGAGGUCGUCGAGAGGGGGGAUGGAAGAGAGGAAGAGGGUGAGGAAAUGGAACAUGAUCACGCGGCCAAUGGAUCGGGGACACAAACUGCUGCCGAGAAGGCGCUUGAAGCAAUCAACGACAAAACGAUUCAUGAUCCUGUUCAUGGUGACUUUGUCUGCCACGUGGGUGUUCAUGUCCCGCCGUCGCAACCCCGCAAGAAGGCCUUGUGGGAUCUCUUUUCGUCGCCAGAGCGGAUUUCACGAGACCUGGAGCUGGCAAGGAGACUGGUGUCGAAGCUCGAUGAUGAGAUGGGAGCAGGUGCUGACGGGUUCUCCAAAAUCGAAGAGCGAGUCGAGGAAUUGCGCGGCAAAGGCUGGCUUCAGCCGCCUGUCACGGGGCCUGUCAGUGUCAAAAAGAGGAAGCCCGACUACGAUGCCGAUGAUAUUGAUGAAGGCGAGGCAGAAGAGGGCGAAGAACAGGAAGGAUGGGAAGAUGACGAACUCGAUGAUGAGGAGCUCUUGGCCAAGAAGAAGAAGUUGGAUCUGAUGGUUGAAUACCUUCGCCGGGUCUACAAUUUCUGUUUUUUCUGUGUCUUUGAGAGUGACUCUGUGCAUGAGCUUGCUCGUAAAUGCCCUGGUGGACAUCUCCGUCGACCCCGGGCCGGUCUUACGACGCAGUCGAAGGCUGUGGCCCGGGCUAGCGCUCUUGGGCAGCCGUUCCCUGUCAAAAAGAAGGAACCCAGUGAAGAGGGCGAGGAGCAGCCGCCUGUGUCGGAGGAGAAGCGGCCACAGCGUUUCAGUUCCAAGACCGAACAACAGCUUCAGCGAGCGUUCAACUGGGUCAAGACAUUCGAGGACAAGCUUUUACAGAUCCUUGAGCCAGAGAAUGUCGAUAUCGGGAAGCUGGGUGGCAAGCCCGUUGAAGACGCCUUGGAGGAGGAGCUCGCAAAGUAUAUGAAGCAGGAGGAUGAGUCCAAGUAUCGCUGCAAAGUCCCUGAAUGCACCAAGCUGUUCAAGGCGGAGCAUUUCUGGCGUAAGCAUGUCGAAAAGCGUCAUACCGAAUGGUUCGAGAACAUUCGCAGUGAUCUCGCUCUGGUCAAUGCCUACGUUCUUGACCCUGCUCGGAUUGCUCCUUCGCGGUCCGACGCUAAUAGUAACGGGCAUUUCCCUCUUAACUCUGGUCAGGGCCAGACCGGUACACCACGUGGUUUCAGCCUAGCGUCAAUGCCGCCUUACCUUGCAGGCAGCGGAAAUGUCCCCCCAAGCUUCCAGAGUGUGCCAGGGUCGGGAGUACCCGGAUUUAUGGGUGUUAAUAACCCCUCGUGGAGUGGUAAUGGAAUGGUGUCUGCAGACGGCCCAGGUUUGCAUCAACCAGGCGUCAUGCGCCGUGGUGGCGGGCGUUAUAAUAACCGAUCAGGUCCUUAUGACAGACGUGGCAAUCGACAUGGCGGCCCAGGCACUGGAAGCGGCCGUCUGAGCCCCGUCCGUGGCAUGUCCAGCAUGUAUGGAUCUGGUGGUCGCCUGCCGGCCAGUUCUGGACCACCAUACAUUCCCCCUGGACAUCCUGCCGCCGCCUUGGUGGGAGCCAGCGGCUUUGUUGACGCCGGUGCCGGUCAGCAAGGCAUGGGCCCGCGCGAAGCCGUACAAGGUCGCAGCCUCAAGAGCUACGAGGAUCUCGAUGCGGUCGGUGGCUCUGGCAGCGGGGAGUUGAACUAUUAGACAUCUAUAACAGAAACUU